AUGGUAGGCAUCUACACAUUGUCGAUAUCCGCCACCGUGGCGAUUCUGUGCACUAGAUUCGUAGCAGCAAUCAGUCACGAUGGAUACGGUUACAAUAAUGCUUCUCAUAAUCGUAACUCGACCAAUGGUCGUCCUGGAGCUCAGGUCCUUCCGCCUGCUCCAACACCAAGGACUGAUGUUACUGGUAACACUGCCGUUAAGGAUUAUGUGAUUGUAUUACAAAAUGUGGGUCAAUUUGACCGCGACACGAAGGAGGAGCUUGGUGUAUUUGUUAAGGAGCUUGUCAAAUCGCUCGCUGCCACAAGUGGAAGAAACCGUCUUUCGUUGAUGGAUUUUUCUAGCACGACUACUAAGUGGUUGAGCAGAAAAAUGAUCAAUAAGGAUGCUUUCAGACGUGUGGCAAUGCAAAUAGAUAAAAUGUUCAAGAAACGCAGUAGAGGUACUGAGGCGGACCUGGGGAGCGCCUUGAAAUUCAUGCGUGAAUCCGUCUACCCUAACGGUAGCAAAUACCUCGUAAAUGACAAAACCACCGAGCUGCCUUUCGAAAAUGCGGCUGGAAAGGACACUGUAGUCUUCAUAAUCACGAAUGCUAGUGUAGGCGGGCGUGAGUUGGCACUGGAAGAGGCAUUUGAUGCAAAUAGGAAUGGCGUGACGUUUUUUGUCGUUGAUAUAGGUAGCAAAGCUGAAAAAUUUUGGGCUCGUUUCCUCGGAUGCCGAUAUCACUACUUUUGCCCGAAUUACCUUUCUAUAAAAAAACUGAAUCCAGCCAACAAUGUCGAUCAUUUGAUGAAGCUUCUGGGUUCAAAUUAUAAAAGGGACGCAUUUUGUCUGGAGGAAUGGUCCGACUACUCAGAAUGCAGUAAACCAUGUGGUGCGGGAAUAAAGACAUCUGUCUUAAAGGGAUUCAAGACUUUGCUAACCCAAAGCACAAGUCCUGGAGCUGUAGGUCGCACCUGCGAAGAACAGCUGCGUAAUGUCAAACCGAAGCAGCUGUUGUGCAAUAUGCAAUCCUGCAGCUCUCUGCCUAAUCUUGUAACGGUAAAUAGAAGAUCGACGCGGCGUGUACAAGGUGGCGAAAAUCCAGCUGUUUCUCAUAGUAGGAAUACGUCUCUCGUUGAAGAAAAUUCUGAAUAUAUUGAUCAAGAAGGUUAUGCAGAUGAAGGACGCGAAGAAACAGAGGACGAAGAAGGGGGUGAAGAAAACAACGAUGAGGUGCAGGUUGAUGAUGAUGAUGACGAUGAUGGACCGCGCGUCAGUCGUGAUCUUGAUCAUGUUAAGGUGGAGUCGGAUUGGUAUAAGCCCGGAGCUCAACCUGACCGUGUUGGGGAUUUACCGAGCGACUCAUAUGAGGAUAUCAAAAGGGAGAGGAAAACCCCUGAGGAUUUAGUUGUUCCGCGUGUCUCUAUACCCCGGCUCUACGACGGUGAUAAGGGAUUGGACAGGAUGCUCCAAUAUGCUGCAGAUGCGAAUCAUUACAUCAGCAAAUGCUCUACCGAGGGGAAAGACUAUGUGAUUGCAGUGGAGGAAACGACUGGACUGGACGAUCACACAUGGCAGGACCUUCACGCCUUCGUCAAGCUGCUUGCGCACGCGCUCUCGGUAACAAGUGAGACAAAUACUCUGUCUUUGGUCAACAUUGCUGCGACAACGGACGCAUUAUUGAAUAAAACACCUCUAAAAUGGCGCACCAUUAGGCGUGUGGCAUUGGAAAUUGAUGCGAUGUUUGAGAAUCGCAAAAAGGAUACUGAGGCUAACCUUGGGAACGCCUUGAAAUUCAUGCGUGAAUCCGUCUACCCGAACGGUAGCAAAUACCUCGUAAAUAACUACAGUGAGAUUACUUAUGAAAAUGCCGUUGGCAAGGAUACGGUGGUCUUUCUAAUCACUCAUGGGAAUUUAGGCGGGCGUGAGUCGGCAUUGAAAGAGGCAUUUGAUGCACGUAGGAACGGAGUUACGUUUUUUGUCGUUGAUCUCAAACACAAAUGGCAAAAUUACUGGGCGGAAAUUCUAGGCUGCAAUCGCCAUUACACCUGCCCGAAUUAUAUGCCCAAUUACGGCUGGAACGUGAUGAACAAUAUUAAACCUAUCAUGAAAAGGUUAUGUACUCAACACGCGAGAGAUGCGGUUUGUUAUGAGGAAUGGUCCGACUUUUCCGAAUGCAGUAGACCGUGUGGCGCCGGAAUACGGACCGCGACAUUGAAGAGUCACAGAACCUUGAUCUCCGCAGGCUCAAGCCAUGGAGCUGUGGGUCGCACCUGUGAAGAACAGCUGAGAGGGAUCAAAACCAAACAAGUUUUUUGUAAUAUGCAUUCUUGUACUCAAAGGACCCACAAACCCGAAAAUGAUGGUUCAGGUGGUUCUCCGGCUCAAAGUACUACCAAGGGUGAGACGCCAGAUACCACCUCUGACGUAUCAAGUGUAAAGGCAGCUGGUGGUGAAGCCGAAGUGGAAGUUUCUGAGCCCAAGGAUGAAAUAGACAACGAAUCAUCAGGUGAUGGUAACAGGCCUGCUGGAGGUGUAAGACACAUAUACAACCCUCGGGGUGACUCCCCAGAGAUUUAUGACACUGACGACGGCGAGAGCGUAGAUGUACCCGCUGAAGGUGAUUUGGGGACAAAUGAACAGCUGUCAGACGAUGUUAGCGGUGAAAAAGAGCCUGAACCUCUUUCUCCGCAACCUCCGCAGGACAUUGCCGGGGACGUCGAAAACGCUCCACAACCUGGAAGUGUCAGCCCCUUGGGGCCAGAAUUGACUCAGCCUGAAGUAGUCACACCUCUAGUUGAUAAUGAGGAUAUUCAACUACCAGGUUCCAACGUAGUGACCCCUGAAGUUGUUCCAAAGCCAGCACCAGUGGGACCUAAAAGGUGGGAAGAUAGAGGGCAUUCCACUCGGGAAGAUGGCGAAUCUCCACAUUCUAGAAGAAAGGAAGGCCGAGAUGAGAACACGGAAACACCCGUAAAGAAUACAACCAAAAUCUUGGUGGGUUCAGCUUUAUGCGUUAUACUUAUUGCAUUGGUUGGUGUCUACAAAGUGUCGCGUAAAAGGUCGACUCCUGCCAACAUCGAAGAUAGCGAUGAAGGCAACUUUUUGGAUGGUAGAAGUGGUGGUAAGGACGAAGUGGGUGAUACUUACAGAGUUGCUGACGCCAGCGACAAUGUCUGGGCGUGA